AACAGCUUUGCCACCACCUCUCCCGAUACUCUUCAGCGCUGCACUUGGAGACCAUACAGGCCGGCAGGGAGAGAAAAUGCCAACGGGAGGAUGAGAUUGUAGGCCUUGUAUGUACAAACCCUCAAAUGUCUACCGUUUUUUCGACGCGUCGAUGAUCUCCUCGAUGAUUGCAGCGUUAUGACUGCGGUCGACUCCCGUUCGUGUGUUUUAUCCGCCGCUGUCUCUAGCCUCGGGAAAAUGUACCCGACUGUUCUUGAUCUAAUUUUUUUCACAAACAAAAGAAGACACCCGAAAAAGCACUAAAAGAGCACGACAGAAGGAUCGGUCCAGUUGCCCCCACCUAAUGGAGAAAGUUGGCAAGGUGUGGAGCAACCUGAAGAGGGGAUGUCAAUCUCUGCUUCACCCAGAAGGUGGAUCCUGUGUUGAAGGGCCACAACAGCUUGAAACCCACACAGACACGUUAUGCCACAGUGUGAACAGGGCUCAGGUAGAAAACAUCUUUGAGGCGGCUGGUACAUCUAGCAGUGAGGCAGCCCUCCCUCUAGUAUCAUGGAGGACCAGUGGAGGUGUGUCACGACGGGGCCAUAACUGUGUAGCGGAUGUACCCCAGAUACUAGAGAUAACAGUUGAGCAGGACACUGAAGAUACACGUGCUCCCCUGGGAGCUCGCAGAGAUUCUUAUUCACGCCAUGCACCUUGGAGUGGAAAAAAGAGACACUCGUGCUCCACGAAGGCUCAGAGUUCUCUGGAGACCACGGAAAGGCGAUCAGGCCGCUCUCUGCGUAGACACGGGACUGGUAGCAGCCGGGAGGACAUAGAACCAGGAACAUUACGUUCACUACGUCAACAGAUCCAUGAUACAGUGGGUCUGUGCCUCCCGUUGCGCUCAUCCUAUCGAAGCAACAACCUUCCACAUCCCAAACGAAAAAUCCAAAUUACAGAGCUAAUGCUGGAGACGUGCCCCUUCGCACCGGGAUCAGACCUGGCUCGAAAAUGGCAUCUUAUAAAACAGCACACAACACCGGUCAACGUGAUGCAGGUGGAUCCAUCAUCGGACGCCUGCGGUGCUACCUGCACAUCACCAGAGGAUGAAGAGGAACGCUUGCGAGAAAGGCGGAGGCUCAGCAUUGAGGAGGGUGUGGAACCACCUCCCGAUGCCCAUAUCCACACUGUGGAUGCCACCACACCCCCCUUAGCUUCUCUUUAUAAGCUAGGACCCAAGCUGCCACCUGGAAUGGGUGAGUCCUUAAGUGGGGGGUCAACUGCAGUUAACUGUGACUCUGAGGACGAUGACACCACCACACUUUGCUUGCAAGCUCGCAGGCCAAAGCAGCGUCACUCUUCGGUGGAAGGCCAUCUGGGCGGCAAGCAGACAGGUCCUUGGAAAAUACACACCCAGAUCGACUACAUCCACUGCCUGGUUCCAGAUCAGCAGCAAAUCACGGCACUGCCCUGCUACUGGGGCGUGAUGGACCGCUAUGAGGCCGAAGCGCUACUGGACGGUCGGCCAGAGGGCACCUUUCUGCUUCGGGACUCUGCACAAGACGACUACCUUUUCUCCGUUAGCUUCCGCCGCUAUGGCCGGUCUCUACACGCACGCAUCGAACAGUGGAACCACAACUUCAGCUUCGACGCGCAUGACCCUUGCGUAUUUCACGCCGCCACCAUCACGGCACUAUUGGAGCACUACAAGGACCCUAGCGCUUGCAUGUUCUUUGAGCCACUGCUCACGGUGCCUCUGAGUCGGACCUUCCCUUUCGCCCUUCAAAGCUUGGCACGAGGCACCAUUUGCCACGGGAUCACCUACGACGGCAUUGGGGCGCUGUCUCUGCCUCCUGCCCUUCAGGACUACCUCAGGGAGUAUCACUAUAAGCAGAGGGUGCGUGUACGCUGGCUUGAGAGGGAGCCAAUCAAGGCCAAGUAAGGCAGGCUCCUCAAGUCCAACAGGAAUUGUCCUUUCAGCACUUUGCCUGGAUAGAGGAAUUACACGUUUUUUGGGACUGGACGGGCUUUGAUGUUUUGGGAAGAUGGGACCUGAAAUUGAACACUAUAUAUAAGCUUUUAACGUUUUUUAUCACUCUAACAAACAAGAGAAUACGUAUAUAGGUUAAAGUGGCUCUCCAGUGUGCACAUUUCACUACAGCUUUUGGACUAGACAGAAGAAACCGAGAUCUUAGUUUUGUUUUACCUUCUCUCUUAGUUCUCAAAGGCUUGUUUAAAGUGGAGCUGCACUUCUACAGAAUACUUUCAUGCCCUUCUUUCAUAGCUUGGCUGUGUGGUAACUUCAUCACAUACUUUAAGUCAAACACUUUCCUGUCUACCCCUUGAUUCUCUUGUAAUAUUGCUGGCAAAAUUGGAAGGGGAGGCGAAAUGGCAAUCUUCAAAUAUUUUCAUCAUCCUUAGCUUUCAUGGCGCUCUGUCAGUGGUUCCCAUGGUAACGUUCUGUGCUCAUUCCGUGGCUAAAGGCGGCAGUCUGCAGCAGGAAAUAAAAAAAGAGAUCUACGAAAGAUAGAUUGGAUCUUUGUGUCCAGAUGGCUUCAAAAUGCAGUGCAGUUGAGAGAAGGGCUCUGUAUUCGGCUUCUUUUACACGUCCAGGAAGUGACAAGGAUGACGAUGCACAAAACAUCACGUGACAUCAGAGCACUUGGAUUAAAAAAACGUUACCCACAUGAUGAGUUCUGUUUCUUUCAGUGAGUUUUUCUAAAUGUUUAUUCCAACCACUAAUUGCACAGGGGGUGACUAACUCUAUAUAGUCGUUUUUGUAUUGUUGUGAAUGGUCUGUCAGUGCCCUGAAAGCUGGGCGCUGGUGAAGAGCACUUUAACUUUAGCUGUGCUUGUGUUAGUGGGAGCAGCAAAGGGCAAUACAAGAACCCGCUACACUGGGACCAUUGUUGUUAGGUAUGAACACCCUUUUUCUAGGAAAACACUCACUUUGUCUAAUCCACAUUUGUCUGUUGAGGACAGAGUACGUUAUGAGGUGACCCAUCAGUGUCAUAGAGUCAGAAUCAGGAGGGCUUGUUGUUACGGCCUUCGUGAUUUUGGGAUAAUUUUAGUAAUUAUUUAAUGAUUAUGAGUACGUUUGAGUACGAUACGCUUAUUCAUUUAACACUUUUCCCCAAAGUACCUUACAAAGGAGGUAGGGAUUUUCAGGGUUUACCUAGAAUAAUCUUUAUAAUUACAUUAAAGGCCUCUUAUAGCCAAACCAGCUUCUUGAUCAGGAAAACAGAAUAAGUCAGAGCCAGCUCUUAAAAAUCUUGAACUAAAUCAAAUGCUAUAGAAAUGUGUUUUUGAUUAAUAUAAGGUGGAUAUAAAGACCAUAUGAAUAUUGUUUUACUUUUGGUUCAGUCCCAACAUCUACAUCAACAGAAAUCCAAUGACUUAAAGAUAGCUCACCCAAAAAUGAAAAUUCAUUCUUAUUUAGUCAACCCUAUGUCAUUUCAAACCUGGUGGCCAAAUAACACUGUACUCUGUUGAUUUCCAUUGCAUGGACACAAAACCACGGAGACAUUUCUCAAAAUAUAUAUUUUAGUGUUGUUUAGAAAAAAAGAUUCACAUACAGGACUUGAACCACCUGAGGAUACAUAAAUGAUAAUUUUCAAUUUUGGGUGAACUGUCCCUUUAAGCAAUGUGCCUUCGUGCAUCUAAACCUUUUAGCUUAUAUGGUGUGCUAAGUGGAUGUUACUAUCAAUUUUCCAAUUGGAAAGACAUCUUAGUCCAAUGACUCUGCUUGCACCAAACAGCAGAGAAUUUUCUUUAUGGGCGUGGUGAAUGAUGCAUUGAUGGUACUAGGGCUAUGGCUUUUUAAUCUCAAACAUUUCUGACUUGUUUUCAUUUGAUGAGACCGAUCAGGUAGAGCUGCCAAAUGCUAUCCUAAGGCUAAGCUCAGCCACGCAACACAAACAGCAUGGCACAGUGCAAGCUUUGUGUGCUUAUGUGUAGGUUGCAGUGCCCUCGUCCUCCCUGUCUCGAACCGUUUGAGAUUGAGAAAAGUUCCGUUUCAUUUGCUCCUCCCAGACUGCAGUAAUUUAUCCUGUUGCAUUUAAAAUCGUCUUCCUGUACAUUAUCCCAUCGAGUCUUUUGUUUUCCUUUGCACAAGAGGGGAUUUCAGGGUCUCCAUAGGUACAUUCAGAGACAUCACUUGAAAUUAGUGCAAUUUAGAGGCUCGGCUGGGAAGGUGUCAGUGUAGCAAGUUCCUGUCAUCAGAUGCUUUAAAAUCUGAAGGGGUCAGAUGUCCUGCUUACUGUUCACCUGUAAGGUGUGUCAUGCUUGUCUUGGUUCGGACACUCCUCAGUGCACUAAUCCAUUAAACUUGAUGUGUACCUGUUUUCAUCAGGGAUUGAACUUAGUCAGAUGAGGAUGGAGAAGAUCUUGGUGUCGUCUUCUCUAGUUUCCCUCUAGUUUUAAAUAAUUGACUAAAAUAUAUCUUUCCUCUCUCUCUCUCUCUCUCUCUCUCUCUCUCUCUCUCUCUCUCUCUCUAUAUAUAUAUAUAUAUAUAUAUAUAUAUAUAUAUAUAUGUAUAUGUAUAUGUGCGCCUGUGUGUAUAUAUAUAUAUAUAGAUACAGAUUUUAAAAUGAAAUAUUUUUCGUAUUAGAAGGAAAUGCAAUAAUGUUCUUGGGCUUAGUUGUGAAAACCACAUGUGAAAAAUAUCUGAGGUCUCCUUUGAAAUUCUCAGGGGAGUGUCAUUCACAUCGUAAUAUAUAUGAUCUGGUGCAAUGUGUCAACGUGUUUGAGAGGAACUAUAAAAUAAUGUGACCAAAGGUUCUAGUUUUUAUUGUCACUGAGGGAGAAAAUGAAUGAAAAUGUCAUUGCGUUCAGUAACCAUCCUUUUGAAAUUAUUGCAAAAAUGUUAGAAAAUCGAGCAUUUCUAAAGAAUACGGGUCUAGUUUUAGACCUAAUAGGUGCUAAUUGGCUCACUCUAUUGAUUUUUUUCAUUGGAUUUUAAAAGUGCCUUUUCUUAAUACAAUACAGUCUGGCAAAGUUGUUGUUGAAAAUGCACCAAAAUUAGUAUUUAGUUGUGUAAUAUCAUCAAAAUGAAUAAAUGUACACAAAACUUUUAAUCCCCCAUAUUUAAAUUGCUAAAUUAAUAAAACCAUAUUUAUUUGAGCUCCUAACAGAACAAUAUAGUUAAAUGUGUCCAAUGUAUAAACCAUAUGAUUGACUUAAAUAAUUGCACAGUUAGAGAUAAUUUGCAUGGAUGAAAGCUAUGUGACAGACUAUAAAGAAGGUUCUAGGAUGUAUGUGAUACUAAAGCUUUAGAUUGGCAGUAUGUGGUCUCAAAUGAUGUAUGGCUGUCAAUAGUCUUUAUAGAGUAGAUGGAAUUCAAGACAUUCUACUAAGAUGUAACAAUACCAUGUCAAAAAAAAUAAGAGAAUGUUGCAAGCAUUUUUCUGCACAUUUCCAACAAGUACAGUGUUUUCUGUUCAAUGUUUUUUUCAAAAUAAUAAAAGUCUCUCACGUGAAGCAUCAAAAGUCUGUCACCUUAAGGCUCUAUAUUAUGCACAUUUGUUUUAAAUAAAGGGGCUGAAGGGGUGGGCUAGAACUGUGUGUCAUGACGACCCUACUUGAUAAUGACUGGACUAAAGACUCUUGCACCACCCAUGACCUGCCUUUGUUUUUCUGAUUGGACACUUGGGACUUAGCCCUCAAAUACUAUCUGCAUCAUACACCAUGGGUUCUCUGGAGUGACGUGGAUAUCACUGUCUCUGGCCAUCUUAUGUAUUUCAUUUUUUUACUUUUUUUUUACACGGCCCAAGAUUUGUACUGUACAAUGAAAUUUUUGGCACCUCUUUUCCCCUCUCUGUUAUCUUAUCCUCAUGGAUUCUCUUUUAUGUACAGUUAUUGAUCCCAACCCCCAGGCUGUUACUGAGUUGUUCAGUUGUAUUAUUUUGUUUGACUAUUGGUUGCAGUUUGCUGUAUUUGGGGGGCAGAGGGUCGUGGGUCCGCGUGCCCCUCUUUCACCAGUAGCUGUCACUCUUGGUGCUCUUGGCUAAUGCUUCAUUGUCUUAAUAUUCAAAAAUAAAAGUGUUGUAUGUGUA